CGGCGGGUUGUGCGCCAGUGACUGGACCGGGUAUGGUGGUGUUGGGGACGCUGUUCGGCGCUGACGGCCGCACCGGCGCCUAGAAACUAUGGACGCCCAGUACAUCGUCCCGACAACGAAUGCGGAGAUGGUGUACUCCCAUCAGACAAUGUACCAGCAGUAUUACCCUGCCAUGGACUAUCGCUGCUCCCCCGUGGACAUGGGCUACUCGGUACGCGCAGACCCCUCUGGUGGCGACCUGUACGCCCGCGGCUACAUGGGCCACCUGCCGCCAUCCAUGCUUGGCACGGCAAACUACGACUACCGACUAAUGCCGGGCAAAAUGUGCGAGAUGCCAGCCGGGCCGCAGGAGAAGAAGGGCAAGGAGGCGCGGAUACGGCGGCCCAUGAACGCCUUCAUGGUCUGGGCCAAGACGGAGCGCAAGCGACUCGCCGACGAGAACCCCGACCUGCACAACGCCGACCUCAGCAAGAUGCUCGGUAAGUACACGCGCACAGAGCCCUUGCCGUUCGGCGCCGUGGCCGGCCGCGGCGGCCGACAGACCGCCUCUCCGCGGGCCCACGGCGCCGUCGGCCCCCGCCUGGGCGCCACCUCCCGGUGA